AUGUUACUCUUAUUGCUAGUGGGGCUGCGGACUGCUACAGCCUGUAUAGCGAGUGUAGACCCAGAAGAUGUUACAACGCCUCCACCUCCUUGCCUGACGUGUCCGCUGCCGGUCUAUCGGAACAACUGUAAUGGCGUAUCCGGACGAUCUCCGUGCCCAAAUUCUGCACAAGCCAACGUACAAGCAAGGAAUAGUGGGACUGAUUGCAUACUCGUAUUUCGCUGUCCAGCCGGUACAAGAGCAUUUGUCUGGCCAACAGGGCGGAACACACCUAUACCGUACUCAGGCACAGAUCUAAUCUGUGAUGGACCAGGUGGGAAUCAAUGGCGCACGGACAUGGGUUUGAACGUGGAAUCAUUGUCAUGCAUGGGACCUGUUCCUGUAGUUGACUGCACAUUAUGUCCUUCUGUGCCGCGAACGUACGUUGAUUGCACCAUAUAUGGAAGGAUGAAUUGCUAUCCAAAUCCGGCGAUGAUCUCGGCCGACAUACAGAAAACUGGUCAGCAAUGCAGGCUCAUCGUUCUAUGCGGACCUGGCACAACUUUUCAUUAUAUUGGUCCAAGCGGUCCGGUGGAUACGGGUAGCACAAUCGGUAUACCGAUAUGCACAAUGACUGGACUUACCUGGGUUUUUAUGGGAACAACCAUUACUGGUGUGACUUGCAUGAGUGCCACAUAA